UAGAAAUACAUAUUAAUUAAAAAAAAAUUAAUAAAUUAAUAGCCAACAAACUGUAAUAAAAACACACAAAAUGUCUUCAUCUUCGCCACGAAAUUCAUUGGCGAAGAAAUCCUCAGCGGCGGCGACAUCGACGACAUCUCCGACAUCUGCUGGGAACAAACAAGUCAGCAAAUAUCCAAAGACCAGAGAACGAAUGGUUGAUGAUGUUCCACUAGCACCCGUACAUAAACUUACAAUGGAUGAAGUCUAUGACUCAAAAACUGGUAAACCAAAUUUUGAUGCCUUGAGGCAACACUUUCAACUUGAAGGUAGAAUAGAAGAGGAGCCAGCAUUACGGAUUAUAAAUGAAGGUGCCGCAAUACUGAGGAGUGAAAAAAAUAUGAUAGAUGUCGAAGCACCAAUCACAGUGUGUGGUGAUAUACAUGGGCAAUUUUUUGAUUUAGUAAAAUUAUUUGAAGUUGGUGGACCACCUGCGACAACGCGUUAUUUAUUCUUGGGUGAUUAUGUCGAUAGAGGUUAUUUUAGCAUAGAGUGUGUUUUGUAUUUAUGGGCUUUAAAAAUCUGUUAUCCUACGACAUUAUCCUUAUUAAGAGGUAAUCACGAAUGCCGACACUUAACAGAAUAUUUCACUUUUAAAACAGAAUGUAAAAUCAAAUACUCUGAACGUGUGUAUGAUGCCUGUAUGGAAGCUUUCGAUUGUCUGCCCCUUGCUGCGCUGCUCAAUCAGCAGUUCCUUUGCAUACAUGGUGGACUAUCACCAGAAAUUUUUACACUGGACGAUAUAAAGAAGCUCGACAGAUUCAGAGAACCACCAGCUUAUGGACCAAUGUGUGAUCUACUAUGGUCGGAUCCAUUAGAGGAUUUUGGUAAUGAAAAGAAUUCCGAUUACUUUACACACAACUCAGUUAGAGGUUGUUCAUUUUUUUUUAGUUACAAUGCAUGCUGUGAGUUCCUGUCAAAAAAUAAUUUACUCUCCGUAGUCCGUGCCCAUGAAGCUCAAGAUGCUGGCUAUCGUAUGUAUCGUAAGAAUCAAGCGACUGGGUUCCCUUCGUUAAUAACAAUUUUCUCGGCGCCCAAUUAUUUAGACGUAUAUAACAAUAAGGCAGCUGUACUUAAAUAUGAGAAUAACGUUAUGAACAUACGCCAAUUUAAUUGCUCCCCCCAUCCCUAUUGGUUGCCAAAUUUUAUGGAUGUAUUUACGUGGUCAUUGCCAUUCGUUGGCGAGAAGGUCACUGAUAUGCUCGUGAAUAUAUUGAAUAUUUGCUCAGAUGAUGAACUUGUUUCGGGGCCAGACGAUGAAUUGGAAGAAGAACUGCGCAAAAAAAUUGUUCUUGUGCCAUUGAACUCAAAUAAUGCACCGCCCAAACCAGCAACUGGAGUUUCCGCACUACGUAAGGAGGUCAUAAAAAACAAGAUACGCGCUAUAGGAAAAAUGUCUCGAGUCUUUUCAGUGUUAAGGGAAGAAUCUGAGUGUGUCUUACAACUUAAAGGGCUUACACCCACAGGUGCCUUACCAGUUGGUGCCUUAUCAGGUGGCAGAGAUUCAUUGCACAGCGCACUCCAAGGUCUCGGCGCUACUCCACAAAUUUCAUCAUUUGCUGAAGCUAAAGGUUUGGAUGCUGUUAAUGAACGCAUGCCUCCAAGACGGCCACUCACUCUUAACAACAAUAACUCUAGCACAAUAAACAAUAACACCACAUCGAAGACAAGUAAUGGUGAUAAGGUUGCC